AUGGAGCAAAGAGGGCAUCUCGAAACAGCAGGUUCCAGAUCUUCAGCCCCCGACGAACUCUCUCAUCCCUUUUCCAAGUUCUCUGAAUGGAAAUUCAAGCUUUUCCGGGUCAGGUCCAUAGAGAAGGCUCCUCUUCCCAGCGACCAAUGUCUGGAGAGGGAAGCCCGAAAAGAAGAGGUCCCCUCUGCGACUGCGAAGGAGGUGCAGGGGGAAGCAAAGGCCCCGCUGGGGAGUGUUAUGAGGCUGUGCCUUGGAGGGAAAAGUAAGGAGAAUGUUGAGGGUCCAGGUCGGAGUGUUGAUCUGAAACUACAGGAGAUUGACACACACAUGAACCACCUCAAGUGUUUGUGUCGUCUCUGUGGGUUUAUGCUGAGAAAGGCCAAAGGGCCAGAAUAUGAAGUCCAUGGUGUUUUAGAUGAGGCAAGCAGGUGUGCCCUUCGCCGAAUGGGCUGCAAAGCCUUGAUCUGGCCCGAGGUCAUUCUUAAGGUCUUCAAGGUGGAUGUGACGACUGACUUGGAGACAGUCCACCCUUCGUCUUUUUGUCACCGCUGCUGGAUGGCAGCGAUGCGAGGCGGUGGAUUCUGCAGCUUCUCCAGGACACGGGUACCUGAUUGGAGGCCACAUACCUCUCAGUGCCAGCUCUGCUUCCCCAAGAAACUUUCUCUCCAACGCCGAGGACGGAAACGCUCCAAACCACUCCGAGGAGCACACAGCUUGCCAAAGAGGGCCAAGAGAGACCACUACAACUCCUCCACACCUGUGGGAGCAAACAAAAUCUGGAGACAGUCCGCAGAACAUCCCGGGACAGCAGCGCUGAAGACCAGGCUAAAGCCUUCGGCUCAGAGAAGUCUGUGGGUGAGGACCAUCACGCACUGUCAGAAAGAACACUUGAGCACCAAGCUGCUCCCAGAGGAACUCCCCCCAGACUUUUUGCGUGCCGUCACAUGUCAGGUAUGUGAUCACCUGCUGGCCGACCCUGUCCAGUCUCCGUGCCAACACCUUUUCUGUCGUAGCUGUAUCCUGAAGUUCAACCGUGCUCUGGGUUCACACUGUCCGGCGUGCACUCUCCCCUAUGAUGUAUCUGACCUGACCAGUCCCGCUAAGGCCUUCCUCGGGAUCCUCCACUCCCUCCCUCUCCUCUGUCCCAAAGAGGGCUGUGGUGAAAGGGUAAAACUGGACUCUUUCAGGGAUCACUACCACGAUCACUUUUGCAAAGAGAACACAAAUGAAGAACAGAACAACGCAGAACAGAACCUAGACUGUUAUCUUCCCGUCAACAAGGGCGGACGUCCACGCCAGCAUUUGUUGUCCUUGACACGUCGUGCACAGAAGCACAGGCUUAAGGAGCUGAAGAACCAGGUGAAAAUGUUUGCGGAUAAGGAGGAAGGCGGAGACAUCAAGUCCGUGUGCCUGACACUGUUCCUGCUGGCUCUGAGGGCCGGAAAUGAACACAAACUGGCGGAUGAGCUGGAGGCCAUGAUGCAAGGCAGGGGAUAUGGUCUGCAUCCUGCAGUGUGUUUGGCCAUACGGGUCAAUACCUUCCUGAGCUGCAGUCAGUACCACAAAAUGUACCGCACAGUAAAAGCCACUAGUGGGCGACAGAUCUUCCAGCCCUUACAUACCUUACGCAGUGCAGAGAAAGAGCUUCUCCCAGGGUUCCAUCCAUUUGAAUGGCAGCCAGCUCUGAAAAAUGUGUCCAGUUCUUGGGAUGUGGGCAUCAUUGAUGGACUGUCUGGUUCUUCAACCUCAGUUGACGAUUUCCCCGCUGACACCAUCUCUCGACGUUUCCGCUAUGAUGUGGCUCUGGUUUCCACUUUAAAAGACUUGGAAGAGGACAUCAUGGAAGGCCUGAGAGAGAAGGAACUAGAUGACAGUGCCUGCACCUCUGGCUUCACUGUUGUGAUCAAGGAGUCCUGUGACGGCAUGGGAGACGUAAGUGAGAAACAUGGAGGUGGGCCGGCAGUUCCAGAGAAAGCAGUGAGGUUCUCCUUUACAGUGAUGUCUAUCUCUGUCCAAGCUGAGGGUGAAGAUGAAGCAGUCACCAUCUACCAAGAGCUGAAGCCCAACUCUGAACUUUCCUGCAGGCCUCUAUGCCUCAUGUUUGUUGAUGAGUCAGACCAUGAGACCCUCACUGCAAUUCUGGGUCCUGUGGUGGCUGAACGCAAAGCCAUGCAAGAGAGUCGCCUCAUUCUGUCAAUUGGAGGGAUGCUUCGCUCCUUCCGCUUUCACUUCCGAGGCACAGGAUAUGAUGAGAAGAUGGUACGGGAGCUGGAGGGCCUGGAAGCCUCAGGCUCCACUUAUAUCUGUACCCUCUGCGACUCCACUCGGGCUGAGGCCUCACACAACAUGGUGCUGCACUCCAUCACCCGGAGCCAUGAGGAGAACCUUGAACGCUAUGAGAUCUGGAGGACCAAUCCAUUUUCAGAGUCUGUUGAAGAGCUCAGAGAUCGGGUCAAAGGUGUUUCUGCCAAGCCCUUUAUGGAGACCCAGCCGACCUUAGACGCCCUUCACUGUGACAUUGGCAAUGCCACUGAGUUCUACAAGAUAUUCCAGGAUGAGAUCGGCGAGAUGUACCUGAAGAACUCCCCAGCACGGGAAGAGAGACGUCGUUGGCGCUCUGCCCUAGACAAACAGCUGAGGAAGAAGAUGAAGCUCAAGCCAGUCAUGCGGAUGAAUGGAAACUACGCUCGUCGCCUGAUGACCCGGGAGGCGGUGGAGGCCGUUUGCGAGCUUGUGCCAUCACAGGAACGUCGUGAAGCCUUGAGGGAGCUCAUGGAGCUAUACCUUCAGAUGAAGCCAGUGUGGCGCUCCACGUGCCCCGCCCAGGAGUGUCCAGAUCAGCUCUGCCGGUACAGUUACAACUCCCAGCAAUUAGCUGAGUUGCUCUCCACCACUUUCAAGUACCGAUACGACGGUAAAAUCACCAACUACCUGCACAAGACCUUAGCUCACGUGCCUGAGAUUGUGGAAAGGGAUGGAUCCAUUGGUGCAUGGGCUAGUGAGGGGAAUGAGUCUGGGAACAAGCUGUUCCGUCGAUUCCGUAAGAUGAAUGCCCGACAGUCCAAGACCUUUGAGUUGGAGGAUGUCCUAAAGCACCACUGGCUUUAUACCUCUAAGUACCUGCAGAAGUUCAUGGAGGCCCAUAAGAACUCAGCCAAAGCUUUACAGGCCACCAUCCACCCCGAUGAGACUCAGGAUGACUUAGACAUGAACUCUCAGAUCCCAGACUUUUGA